GACAUCCCUAAAGAUCCUAUGUGACUUUCCCACAAACUCUUUGAAAUUUCUCAGAAAUCUUCAACUUUCAAAUUAUCCUACCAAAGUUUUGGCAAUGUCCAUAGUUGCAGAAGUGCCGAGUUUCCUUCAAGUCCUUUCCAAUGGUUUAGUAAAACGCUUUGAACCUGAAAUCUCCCCUGUCUCAAAUGAGUCAUCAUCCCAUGGAUACAAGUCCAAGGAUGUGAUGAUUGACUCGACCAAGUCAAUCUCUGGCAGAAUGUUUCUGCCUGAUACUCCAGGCUCCUCUAGCCACCUUCCUGUUCUAGUUUACUUCCAUGGUGGUGGCUUCUGCAUUGGCUCAACCGCAUGGCUUGGGUACCAUACUUUCCUAGGGGACUUAGCAGUGGCCUCACAAACUAUAGUUCUUUCUGUGGACUACCGCCUUGCGCCUGAAAACAGGCUCCCUAUAGCUUAUGAUGAUUGUUUUAGUUCACUUGAGUGGCUAAGUAACCAAGUCAGCUCUGAACCAUGGCUUGAGAGAGCCGACCUCUGUCGUGUGUUUCUCUCAGGGGAUAGUGCUGGAGGGAACAUUGCUCACAAUGUUGCUCUCAAAGUAAUUCAGGAAAAAACUUAUGAUCAUGUAAAGAUUAGAGGAUUGUUGCCCGUACAUCCUUAUUUUGGGAGUGAGGAGAGGACUGAGAAGGAGAGGGAAGGUGAAGCAGCUGGAUAUGUUGCGAUGAACGAUUUGUUAUGGAAACUAAGCUUGCCCCAAGGAUCAAACCGGGACUAUUCUGGGUGUAACUUUGAAAGGGCUGCAAUUUCCAGUGCUGAAUGGGGUCGUUUUCCAGCAGUGGUAGUAUAUGUGGCUGGUUUGGAUUUCUUGAAAGAAAGGGGAGUUAUGUAUGCAGGUUUUUUGGAGAAGAAAGGGGUGGAGGUGAAGCUGGUGGAAGCUGAAGAUCAGUCACAUGUGUAUCAUGUGUACCAUCCUCAAUCUGAGGCUACCCAUCUUCUGCAAAAGCAAAUGAGUGAGUUCAUCCACAGCUUCUAGCAUCUUAGAUGGCCAUCACAGGCCCCUUCUUAUCAAUAAAACAUGUAUGCUUUCAGUGAAGAUCAGAAAAUAUAAAGCUGUACUCAUAUUUCUAAAUAGCAAGUAAAAUUUAGGAAUUGGUGCAAA